GCACCGAGCGCGACGCACGCCGCGACAGGUAGUGCCUUAUCACUCCUCGAGAUGCAAUCGUGAUACGUCCAACAAGUGAUAAAUGACUCCUUAUCGACCGAGAUUGUGAAUUGCUCUUGACAUUGCCGCGUUGUUUCAUCUGAAACAAUAAAAAUAAAGAUACUGCGACAAAAUCGAUUCGGAAGCGGAAAGUCGUCACAGCUGACCACCUUAAGUGAAUAAAGUGAUUAAGUGAACUCAGUGGGCGACGAGUGAAGUGAAAAAGUGAUGUCACGUGACUAGUGACUAUCGUUUGCAUAAGAAACUAGUGCGGGAGAAAAACUGGAGGUCGAGACGUAUGAGGUGUCAGUUGUCGUCGAGCUGACAACAGAUGUCGCCCCGGUUGACGCGAUGUCGGCCGAUGGGUCGACGACAGAUAUCAAUGUGCUGCUCAACGAUACCGAGUCAGAUCUCACCAGUUUAUCGCAUGUUGAUGCACCAAAUGAUGCGAAUUACAUGAUAUGCGGUGUCGUCAUUGCCAUGGCCCUUGUAGGGCUCAUCAUUGUGCUGCUGGCCCUUACUAUCAACAAGCUGCGAAAGCGAGAGGAGCAUUCGGCCUCGGUGCACCCGGCCGAGGUGCUGCAGGCCCCGCCGGCGCCGCCCUCCGAGCCCCUCGCCUUCCGCCAGCAGCCCUUGUGGCAAUUCCCGCCUCCGCUGCCUCCGCCUUACGUCUAUUCUCACGAUCAGGACAACCCUUUGCAGCCGAUGGGCAAUGAGCGUGCGAGUUUCCGCAGUCUCCGCAAGAACAUCGGUGGCCGAUGGAAGCGGCUAGUGAAGAAGAAGCCCGAACAAGAGGUGUACACGAUUCCACCCGAGCUCAAGCCCCAGCUCAAAGAGAUCUACGUGUAUUAACCACCUCGAAACAAUACGUCUUAGCAACAGAACUGAAGCAGGAAUCUUCGACUGCGAAGGACUUGUGACUUCAACCCAUGUCCGCGGUUGAAAAUAUCAUAUUCAUAUCUUGAACAUCAAAAACUUUAUCUUAGAACAUCUGCACGGCCCAACAGCCUCUUAUCUUUGAACAUAUCGUUUCGACCAAUUAUUUAAUUCUAUUGACCAAUGUACUAACUAUUCCCUUCGUUCAGCACUUAAAUAUUGUGAUUUAAAGCCUAGAAUCGUAUUAUUAAGUAUUAGAACACUGAUGUUUGUGAGUGUUGUUCCGUUGCAGAAUUUCGAAUGUUGUGUAAGCAUGAGUGAUAGUCAAAUGAAUUUAGUUUAAUUAAUUUAAAGUUAUGAAUGAAAUAGGAAGGUGCGGUCGCGCACACUAGUGACGAAAAUCCAAUAAUUAUGAUAUAAAAUUAUGAAGAUGAUGCCUUGUUAAAUGUAAUGUUUUGACUAUUUAGGGCAUUUUGUAGUUCAUUAACUUAUUCUAGACAUGGUCGUAUUCAUGUGCGAACAUCGAUCAAAUAGUUUGUGAAGCUAUACACGCGUACUGUAUGUCUUGUAUGAUGAUAUUGUAUAACACCUUAUUGUUUGAUGCAGUAUUUUUAUAUCAUUCAUUUUGUGUUGUGAGUGAGACUGAAUUAUGGUACAAUUAUUAUGUAACGUGACACACAUCUUCAACUUUCAAAUCAAUAUAUUUUCUGAUAUUAUUGACUGUAUCCAAUAGCGCAUGGAGCACUGAAGAGGUCUGUGGUUGAAUGUUACGUUACUUGCAUGAUGUAGUUAAUUACCGAUUUUCGCCCGGUCCUUACUGUGAUAAAUAAUGUAGGAAUGAAAUAAUGAUUAAUAACGAAUGUAUAAGUUCUGAAUUGCCUUUAAUACCUUGUCAAUUAAAAUUAAAAUCAUAGUUGAAAGGACCGCCGGAUGAGAAUUAUGAUAGCUCAUAUUGAGCCAGAUAUUUUGGAGAAUUAAGUUGAUAGCUAAUAGGUACAAUUCAGCCAUGAUUAUUUUCGUUAAACUCUAACUGUUGAGUAGAGAAUUACAAUGUUAUAACAGUAAUUUUAGCGCGAGAUGUUACUUUUGUUUAGAAAACUGUAAUCUUUCGUUGAGGUAAUGAGAAAUAAAUUCCGUCAUGAUGUAUAUUA